UCCUUUUUGAGGCCGUGCCAGAUAAAAGCUCAUCUGCUGCAGAAGGGACAGCAGCUGGUCUGUGCUGUGGGUCCCAGGGACACCUCAAAGUGGAGUAAGGGAGGGAAAGGCUCAGGGCCGUGGCCAGGAGACACAGUCACCUGCCCCUGCAGCUCCAUCCUUACAACUGGGAUCUGCUCCCAGCUGACGCAGCCUGUGCCAUGGAAAGGGAGGCAGGCAGUGGAACAUGCUGAACCUUGUGGCUGUUUGAAGACUGUGUGUAAGAAGGAAACGUCAGGGGCACUACAGGGUUGGCAAAUUCCCCUGGAAGGACUAACACUCUCUGCAUGGCCAGGCUUAUCCUGUGACAAGCCAGCCCCAACAGCUUCCAACAUUCUCAGCCAGCCAGGGCCAGAACUUCUCCCAGAUGGCUGCCAGGCACCAAGCAGAGCAAGAGAGUGAGGAGGAGGAGGAACGGCAGAAGAGGAAGGCCUCAGCAGCAGGGCAGAAAGAGCAGCAAGGUCAGAAGGGGCUUAGCUUCAAAUGCCUUCGUUCUUUCCGACACAAGAUCAGCGGGGACAACUGGAGGAGGCAACAGGAUCCAGGCCUCGAAGCUGGCAGCAAGGAGCCAGAGGAAAAGAAAAUCGCUCUGGAGCUGCUGGAGACAGAGCAGGCUUACGUCAACCGCCUCCACCUUCUUGACCAGGUGUUCUAUACAGAGCUGAUGAAAGAAGCCAAAAAUGGGAAAACAGUCCCAGAGGAGGUGGUAAAAAUGAUCUUCUCCAACAUUUCUUCCAUCUACCAGUUCCAUGCCAAGUUCUUCCUGCCAGAGCUGCAGAAGCGCAUGGAGAAUUGGAGCUCCCACCCAAGGAUCGGGGACAUGAUCCAGAAGCUUGCACCAUUCCUGAAAAUGUACGGUGAAUAUGUGAAGAACUUCAACAAGGCUGUGGAGCUCAUCACCGUUUGGACAGAGAAAUCACUGCCCUUCCAGGAGCUCAUUGCUGACAUCCAGAAGAGGAAGGUCUGUGCUAACCUAACACUGCAGCACCAUAUGCUGGAACCAGUGCAGAGGAUCCCACGCUAUGAACUCCUCUUAAAAGACUAUAUCCAAAAACUGCCGCCUGAGUCCCCAGAUCGGAAUGAUGCAGAGAAGGCUCUGGAGUUGAUUUUCAUGGUGGCCAAGCAUUCAAAUACAGCUAUUGCUGAGAUGCAUCAGCCGUGUUGUGACUGGCUGUUUCCAGGCUGGAAGCUGCUCGUGAAGGUCAGUCUGGGCUCCCUCCCAGACAGGUUCCCCUGCCUCCCCCAGGAGCGGCUGCAGAACCUCUGGGAGGUCUACCAGAGACUGGGCCUUGAGGAUGACAUUGUGGAUCCCUCCAAUGAGCUGAUCAAGGAGGGGCCAGUCCAAAAAAUCUCAACCCGCAACAACAGCACAUCGGAGAAGUACCUGUUUCUGUUCAACAACAUGCUGCUGUACUGCGUGCCUAAGGUCAUUCAGGUGGGCGCUGAGUUCCAGGUCCGCCUCCGCAUUGACAUGGAUGGCAUGAAGGUGCAGGAGCUGAAUGAUAUGCAAUUCCCUCACACCUUCCUAGUCUCGGGAAAGCAGCGGACACUGGAGCUGCAGGCCAGGUCUGGGGAGGAAAUGAAUGCCUGGAUCAAGGUACAGCUGAAUGCUGUGAGAAGUGGCACAUCCCACACCAGCUGGAUGCCUGGGUCCCCAGGGGCUUUCCAGGAUGCCAUUGACAGGAAGGAGAAGAGGAGUGAGAGCUUUAAGAUGGUUGUGCGUGGGCUGGAGACAGGAAACCCCACACUCAAGACAGAAGAGCUGGGCUGCCGAGCCCCACAGUGGGUGCGGGACAACUUGGUGACCAUGUGCAUGCGCUGCAAGGAGCCCUUCAAUGCCAUCAUGCGCCGGAGACACCACUGUAGAGCUUGUGGAUACGUGGUGUGUGCUCGCUGCUCAGAACACAAGGUGAAACUGCAGUAUGAUGGGAACCGCCUAAACCGUGUAUGUCAGGAAUGCUAUGUCUUCCUGAUGGGCCAUGUAGUGCUGGAGGACCAGGAGUGGAAGCACAAAGGCAUCCUGGAGAAGGGAGCUGCAGAGAUAUCAGGCAGGAGUCUUCUGUGCAGUUCCCUGCAGCUGCUGGACAAGAACGGCAAGGGAGGCAUGAGGGGCUGGUUUGUUAUCCCAUGGGAUGAUCCCCUUGUGCUGUACAUUUAUGCAGCCCCCCAGGAUGUCCGAGCCCACACCUCCAUUCCACUGCUGGGCUACCAGGUAAGGGACCUGCCACAGGGCAAGGCCCAACACCUCUUCCAGCUGGCACAGUCCGAGCAGGUCUAUACCUUCCUGGCCGACACAGAGGAGCUGAAACAGCGCUGGAUGAGGAUCAUGGCACGCUGUGCUGCAGGGAUCAUACACCCAGAGGAGGGUGAAGAUGUGGACUCAUGCAGUGAGGCAGAGUGAAGCCAGGCCCAACUCCUGGGCUGCCUGGUGGGUCACACCUACCCACCAACACCUCCUGUUCAUAGCCAGACUUAGGCAGAUCCCCCACCUCUCUGUACUUUAAUUUUUCACUGCAAAAAGGGCAAGGUGGGGGUAUGUUUGUCACCAUAUGGACAAGCCAACUCCCCCUCCCCUCCCCUCCCCUCCCCUCCCCUCCCCUCCCCUCCCCUCCCCUCCCUUACCUGAAGAUGGAGGUACCUAGGAUGUGAGGUGGGGGGAAAGCCAUGGCAUUCGGGAGAACCCACAGCCUGCCUGGCAUUGGUCUGCUGCGCUGUGCUGCCGCCUGAGGGCAGCACAGCUUUCACGCCUCAGCUUUCCUCCAAGCCUGGUGGUAGAUGCCAUAUGGCAGACAUAGCCUGCUGCCAUAAAUCCUUCUUCUUACCCCAGUGCAGUCUAAGGAGCCUUUAUGGAGGUUGUAUUUUCUGGAGUGUCCUGCAGGAUUGUCAACAGAGACUGUUCCCUGGCAUAAUCUUACCCAUAACCAGGCCCAGUCUUGCACCCUGCUGAGACCAAGCUGGUGGCUUGCCCUCACCCAGCUCGGGGACCUUAGUCCAGGAUUUAGGAUGCUGCUUUCCCAGCCUGUCA